UCGAAGAACAUCACUGACAGGAACCGCGGCUUCUAUCAAUGGAAAACCCGGACGUAUGAUGGACUACGAUUUUAAAGUGAAGACAGCCAAUGAACGUGCCAAAGUAGAAGAUUUAUUCGACUACGAAGGAUGUAAAGUUGGUAGAGGGACUUACGGCCAUGUGUACAAAGCAAAGCGGAAAGACGGUGAUGGCCGGGAGUAUGCCCUCAAGCAGAUUGAAGGAACGGGUAUAUCAAUGUCAGCAUGCAGAGAGAUAGCACUGCUACGAGAGUUGAAGCAUACCAAUGUGAUAAGUCUACAGAAAGUGUUCCUCCACACAGACAGAAAAGUCUGGCUACUGUUUGACUACUCAGAACAUGAUCUUUGGCACAUCAUCAAAUUUCACCGGUCUGCUAAGGCCAACAAGAAGGUGGUUAAUGUGCCAAAGAACAUGGUGAAGUCACUCCUCUUCCAGAUUCUAGAUGGGAUCCACUACCUCCAUGCUAACUGGGUGCUACACAGAGAUCUGAAACCAGCCAAUAUCCUUGUCAUGGGAGAAGGGACUGAACGAGGCAGAGUGAAAAUAGCUGACAUGGGUUUCGCCAGAUUAUUUAACUCUCCCUUGAAACCCCUUGCUGACCUUGACCCUGUUGUUGUGACCUUCUGGUACAGAGCACCGGAACUUCUACUCGGGCCGCGGCAUUACACAAAGGCAAUAGAUAUCUGGGCAAUAGGUUGUAUAUUUGCUGAGCUUUUGACGUCAGAACCAAUUUUCCACUGUCGGCAGGAAGACAUCAAAACCAGCAACCCAUACCAUCAUGAUCAGCUAGAUAGGAUAUUCAAUGUGAUGGGCUUCCCACAAGAUAAAGAUUGGGAAGAUAUACGAAAAAUGCCAGAACAUCAACAGUUGCUUAAAGACUUUAAGAAGACCUCGUAUGUGAAUUGUAACUUAAUGAAGUAUAUGGAGAAACACAAGGUGAAGUCGGACAGCAAAGCAUUCCAUUUGUUACAGAAGUUGUUGACGAUGGACCCGACCAAGAGGAUAACCUCAGAACAAGCCAUGAAGGACCAGUACUUCCUGGAGGAGCCGCUCCCAUCACAAGAUGUGUUUGACGGGAUGAGCAUUCCCUAUCCAAAACGUGAGUUCAUCUCCGACGACGACAACGAUGACAAGGCUGAUACAGGGAAGAUGGCUGACAAGGUGAAGCUUGGUGCUGGGCAGAAAGUGUACAAAGUACAGGGUGGUCACAAAUUCUAUCACAUGCAAGCAAACAACUGUCUACAGUACCCAUCUCAAGCUGGGCAGGCUGACCAAUCAUCUGGACACAAUCAACCACCGGCCAAGAAAGUCCGAGUUAUGCCACCUUCAACAACAAGCAGUAAUAUGGUUCACAACAUGCACGGCCAACAACAGCAAGGCAUGGCCUUCUCCACCAACAACACCCAGACAUCCUCGUCAGGAUCAACCUACAUGGGAAGAUACUGACGCUUGCUGCAGGGACAACAUGAACAACACAAGCCAGCGGUUCUUCCAGGUAGCUGUACCUGCUUCAGAAGGGAUGGGAGCAGGAGAUGCUUUGCUGCUUCAUACAUGAUGUUGUGGUCCCACCUUGUUUAGGGAGCAUAGUUCUACAUCAUUGGUGCAUUCCUUCUGUAUGGAUCAGUUCAACAUGCUGGGGUUAUUUCAGAUAUCUGAUUUUUGUGUCACACUUUCACAAGCACACAACGAAAGCCUGUAGAUGUUAUGCAGUGAUUUCUGAACACAGAUUUCAACAAUAAUUAAUUAUCAGCAAUCUCAUCUCCAGGAUAUCUUAUAUCAGUUCUGCAUUUAAGGGUACAUUUAAUUUGAAUAAUACAAGAAUCUGUGGAAUAUCUUAACAAGAAAGAGAAUGUUUUUGCUGAAAAAGUGUUCCCCUUCCACAUUUAUUAUCCUUUGCUAUUAUUGAUAUGUGAUCAACACUAUUUCUGUACUUUAAAAUGUCUUUAAAUUAUUAUAUAUAUCUACUUUACUUUUAAAGGUAAUAUCAUUUGUCCCACUGGCACAGGUCUUUCUUUGAAAGCAUACUUCAUUAAUGUAUUCUGGACGGAGUAUUUCAAUGGGAAAGGUCCAUAUGGACCCAAAGGAACAGUACUUAGUAUCUGUGAUUCAUAUGUCCACGAAUUUGAGACAAUUCUCAAUCUGCAUUGUGUAGUGGUGGAUAGUUUGCUUCCCAUCUUGCUGUUUGUUCAUUCAAUGUGAGAAGUGAAGCAAGGUGUCUCUUACAAGGGACUAUGCUCCACCACAUGGUGGGGAUAUCAGCAGGUGGUAGUGCAAGAUUGACAUACAGGAUUUGGACAACAAGGUCACAGGAAAA